CUGAAACACUAAUGUUUUGUAUCUUAUAGAUCACUUCAUAUAGUUACUUCGAUAAAAAGCUUGUUAUAUUCUAUUAAUUGUAUAAUAUUCGUACAUUGAUAGCAAAAAUAUGUAAAUAGAUGGACACACUGCAGUUGCGAAUUACCUUUCAACAUUGAGUGAUUAAGAGAAGAAAACAUUUAUUAGAAUUUUAGAAAAAUGGCAUAUGUAAUGAAUAAUUUAGUUCAGCCUAAUAUAAGUUCAGUUGCCAGUAACUUAGGCCCAGAUUGGCUUUCUUCUGAACAAAGUACAGGAGGCUUAUAUUUCCAAUCGUUUUGCCGAUAAAUUAACUAAAAUCACUGAUUACAUUUAUUGUUGUCGUUCUGGUUCUGCAGCAGAUACCCAAGCAAUUUCAGAUAUAGUUGCUUAUCAUUUGAGCCUGCACAAAAUGGAGCUGGGCAUGGAACCAUUAGUAGAGACAGCAGCAAAUGUGUUUCGUGAAUUAUGUUACAAUUAUAGAGAUUCUUUGAUGGCAGGAAUCUUAGUGGCAGGAUGGGAUAGUCGUAAAGGAGGUCAAGUUUAUAGUAUUCCCCUAGGUGGUAUGUGUGUAAGACAACCAAUUUCCAUUGGAGGAUCUGGUUCAACUUAUGUAUAUGGUUACAUGGAUUCACAGUACAAACCAAACAUGUCAAAGGAUGAAUGUGUUAAACUUGUUGAGAACACAUUGGCAUUGGCAAUGUCUCGCGAUGGUAGCAGCGGUGGUGUUAUCCGAAUUGGUGUUAUUACGGAAAAAGGUGCUGAAAGAAAAGUUAUAUUGGGCAAUGAAUUGCCGCAAUUUUACGAAGGGUAAAUGUUGCAAACAUUAAAUUUAUAAACGGAAUACUUACUCCAGCUUCACUCCAUUUUUUAAGAUUCUGUAUCAACCACGUCUUAUUUCCUAAUUAAAUUAAUACAAAAAAAUAUCUAUUUUCUAUUUCUUUUACAAGUGUAAUUCAUCCCAAAUGUACAUGCAUGAUAUGCUUUCUCUAUGUAGUACAUGUUUUAAAUAGAUUGCCAACAAGCAUCGUAUGA